AUGGAGGCGGUGGGGUUGCGCAUUGACAACAUCGACCUCACUUGCCUCGACGCGGAGCCCGCUCCGCACUCCCCGCAGUCGGCGCAGUCGGCGCAGUCGGCGCGGUCGCUCGCGCUGGCUCGGCUUUCCGCCGCCACCGCCGGCGCGCCAGCCAAUGACCCUGACGGCGCGCCAGAUGUCGGGGAAACGCGCCGCGACUCGUGGCGUGCGCCUGCGGGGGCGCGGAAGAGCGAAUGGGGGGAGGCGGCGGAAGGGCAGGAAGCGGGGGAGGGGACGGGGGAGGCGCACGUUAAAUACGCUUUCAGCUUAGUUCCUACGCCGCGCGCAAAGCGCGAUGAAAACUCCCAAUGGUCAGACGAUUCGGUACAGGUGCAACAUCCUGACGGAUCGGAUUUGCCGCGGCCUCGUGCCCCUUCGUUAGACGGCGGCGCUGACGUAACAGAACCCGAAGGCUCUCUCGAUUUCGCCGCGAUAUUUGCUAACGGCACGCGCGAUAGAGUCACACUGCCUGGGGAUGCUCCCUCGCCGUCCGCGCCGCCUGUGUUGGUCUCCGCAGCAGUGUCAGCUCACAAGGGCGGAAAUGCCCCCCCUUCUCCAUGCGCCCCUGUCUUGCUACCCGGGGUGAUUUACUGUGCAAAUAGAGACUGUACCACCGGUUCGCUUGGGCAGGGCCUUCCGACACCAGUGCAGACGGUUACGAACGACAUCAGCACCACCCAUUUUGCCGCAACAGGACAGUUUUCCCAUGGCCCACCCGAUUCCAUGCACCAGUCUUCGUUCCGCUCCCCCCAUUCCUCCGCUCACUCCUCCCCUUACUCCUCUCUCUCCAUCCUCCCUCCCUCCUCCUCCACAGUCUCUUAUGACCACACACUCCCCUCUCGGUCCGCAAUCCCUACGCAGGCCUCCUACUCCCCCACCUCCUCCACUUUCCACUCCUUCGCCUCCCCUGCUUGCGCCUCCCCCCUUGGCGCCUCCCCCGCUUGCACCUCCCCCAUCUCCGCCACCCACGCUCCUUCCUUUCCCCCCACCAUGCCCAGGCCUGCCCGGCAACCUGCCCGGGGCGUUCAUCGCAGGAGCAGCUCGCUUUCGGUGCUGACCGAGAAUCUGCCCGGGGUGGCACCUGCAGCCUUCAACUCCCCCUGCAGCAUCAGGCCAGCACACACACACCUGUCCGCAUCCACUGUUGUCUCUCGACCGUCAGCAGAGAAACCCCCGACGCCUCUGGCAGAUGCAGUGGAAGAGGAGGGGGGGGAGGGGAGCGAGGAGGGGAGUGAUGGGAGUUUCUCAAGGAGCCCAGUAGUGGCUCAGCUGCCAUGGAAGGAUGGGAAGGGAAGGCAUGGUGCGCCGAUGCAAGCUCAGAGGUUAGGUGGUGGUGGUUUUCCAGCUGGAGGUUCGGGCAGGGCCGGCGCAGAAAUCAAGGUCUGGGAGACAUCAGAAAGGGGUUUGUUGCAGGGGAAGGGCCGGUCUGUUUCUAAUAGAGAGACUGGUUAUAGGAGUAUGAGCAGCGAUAACGUCCUGGGGGAGUGGAGCGACAUUGAGGCAGAUGCUGAGUGGGUGGCGGUGGGAGGGACGCAGGCAAACGCAAGGGAGGCUGGGGGGUUGGAUGGUGGCAGUCCUAAUUGCAGUGGUUACAGGGGUAUGAGGGGUGGUGCUGCAGCAGCGCAUGAGGAUGUGAGGGGUGGCAGUGUGAGGGGCCAGGAGGAGGGUGUGAAGAGCACGAGGAGUGUGUUGAAGAAAAUGCUGUGGCGGUUCAAGUCAGGACCAGGUGGACAGGCAGAGGAGUCUGCCAAGGGGAAAACACCGCCACAGCAGGAGCAGGAAGAGGAGGAGGAGGCAGAGGAGGCGAGGCAAGGCGAGCAGGAGCAGGAGAGGCAUGGAGGUCACACAGUGCGUGUCUUUGCAGUAGCAGAGUGUUGA